UAACCUAACUUUUAUAAGAUUUUCAAUAGAAAAUAUGGAAAACUUAACAUUUUGUGUUCUUUGCGGCAACACCAUAGUCAAUACUAAACAUUUCAAACUGUUAGAAUGUACUUCUAAAAAUACAAACAAACCUCUCCUCCAGUUAAUCAAUAAUUGUACGAAAUAUUUGGUAAAUUCUCAUUACAAAAUUUGCCAAAAGUGCCACAACUUAUUAAAUGAUUUGGACGAUUUGUAUUUCAAAGCAAAAACAAUUGAGAAUAACUUUUUAUUAUACGUUAUAAAAGCCUCAGAGGAAAGGAAAACACUCGAAAGCCUUAAAACAAACAUAUCAGAAAAACACUUAAAUGAAAUUAAAGAAGACAUCGAACCAAUUGUAUCACAACCAAAACUACCCGAACAAACAGAAAACAACAUAAACGAGUGUCACUGCGGCAAGAAGUUCAAAAAAAAGAGCCAAUACAACAACCACAUAAAAACCCAUUCAAACGAAAAACCAUAUGUAUGCGAAAUAUGCGGCCAAGUUUAUAAACAAAGGGGAUCGCUUAAAGUACACCUGGCAAUGCACACGGGAAAAACCAAUUUCAAAUGCCAACACUGUAACAAAUCUUUCACACAGAAAGCUGGCCUUUUGAGACACCUGCCCCUGCACACAGGUGAAACACCACAUCAGUGCGACCAGUGCGGCAAAAGCUUCGUCCACCACACGUCGUUCAACUUGCACAAACUGACGCACACGGGCGAGAAGCGGUUCAAAUGCAACUCUUGCGGGCUGGCGUUGGUUUCAUCAUCGCAUUUGAAGAGGCACAUGCGAAUUCACACGGGUGAGAAGAAAUUCGGGUGCGAAAUUUGCGGGAGGAAGUUCGCCGAAAGGUACAAUCUUUCCACACACAUGAAACUGCAUGAUAAUAAUUUGCAGAAUGGAAGAAAGUUUAGGUGUUUAAUCUGUGAUAAACUGUUUGAAAGAAAAGGUAUAUUAGAAGAGCAUUGUAUUAAUGCACACCAAAAGUCUAUUGAAACCACUCUUCAAGAAUUUGUUAUUAAUAUUCAUUAAUGUGAUAUAUUAAAAAGAAAUUGCUUAAC